UAUAGCUGCGCCGUCUUCAGCGCCCGAGACUCGCCCACAGUUGUCCAGGCUGCACAGUCCCUUGUAAAAUGGAAUAUGAUACAAAGAUUUACCCCAAAAUAGGUGGAUAUGGACAAUACAAUCGAAUUGUGGCCGUGUUCAGUUGGUUUCCGAACUUUGCUGUUAUGCUUAAUCUUUUUACAGAUGUUUUUUAUACGCUGACUCCAGACAGCUACCACUGCAAGCCCGACCCAACUCUCUUACCCUCGGCAUUCUUACUCAGCAACUAUUCCCGACAGGGAUAUCUGAAUUUCACAAUUCCUUGGAUUAACGGCUCUGGGCUGAGCCACUGCGAACUUUUUAAGUACCCAUUAAAUUAUUCUUCUAAUGUAUCAGUGAAUGUCCCCAAAGACACGGUUCCAUGCACAAAAGGUUGGGAGUUUUCCCAAGCUGCUGGGCUACAAACCAACUUCGUGACGGAGUGGGACCUGGUGUGUGGAAACUACUGGAAGAUCCCAGUGCAGCACAUCUGCUUCAUGAGUGGGUGGAUCCUGGGGUAUGUGUUCAUAGGAACGCUGUGUGACUGCUUGGGUCGGCGGCGAGCCUUCCUCCUGUCCGUGUCUCUCUCCGGCCUGUUGGGCGUGGCCGUUUGUCUGUCCAACAGCCCUGUGGUCUUCCUCCUGCUGCGCUUCAGUCAGGGCUCCAUGCUGGCUGGGGUCUUCCUCUCAUCAUACAUCUCCAGGUUAGAGUUGUGUGAUCCACCCCAUCGCCUCAUGGUUUCCAUGGUCAGUGUUUUUUUUGCUGUAUGUGCCGAGCUGCUUUUGCCUGGGCUGGCUGUCCUGUGCCGUGACUGGCCGGUGCUCCAAGCUGUGGCCACCUUACCCCUGCUCCUGCUGCUUUCCUAUUGGUGUUCUGUGUGGGUGUUCCCUGAGUCUCCCCGCUGGCUGCUGGCCACCUCCCAGAUCCCCCAGGCCAAACGGAGCCUGCAGCUCUUCUCCACCAGGAACGGCGCGUGUGUGAGAGAUGAGCUUUACCCUGCUGAGACACUGCUGUCAGAGAUUGAUGCUGCCUGGCCGGAGGAGGACACCCAUGAAGAGUAUCACUCAGUCUUAGUGCUGAGACACACCCGGAUCAUCUGGAGGAACUGUCUGAUCCUCAGCUUCACUCUGUUUAUAGGCACAGGGAUCCAGUACUGCUUCACCAGGAACCUGCACAGCUACUCCUCCAACUUCUACUUCAGCUACUUCGUGCGUGUUUUGACCGGAGCGUUGGCCUGCCUCUUCCUCUGCGUGUCUGUCAAUCACUGUGGUCGCCGCGGCGUCCUGCUACUCUCUGCCAUUGUUACAGGCCUGUCAUCCCUCCUGCUGCUGGCCCUCACACAGUACCUGCAUGGGGGGCUGGUGAUGGUGCUGUCUGUGACAGGCCUCUUCUCCUCCCAGGCCCUCGCCAUGCUUAGUGCAUUCUUUGCCAGCGAGGUCAUGCCUACUGUCAUACGAGGAGGCUGUCUGGGGCUUGUCCUGGCUGCGGGCUGCGUGGGCAUGGCUGCCUCCUCUCUGAUGGAGCUGCAGAACAACAGUGGUUAUUUCCUGCACCACGUGAUCUUCGCCUCCUUCGCCGUCCUCUCCGUCCUCUGCAUCAUGCUUCUCCCCGAGAGCAAACGCAAGCCGCUCCCAGACUCCCUAAAGGACGGGGAAAGCCAGCGGCGCCCCGCUCUGUUCCUGACCCCCGGCGAGCGAGACAGCCUGCCUCUGCUGUAUACGCGGCCUUCUGAGUACCAGCCUGAGAACUACUCCCGCCUGGUGUCAGCCACCAGGACAAUGCUGACCAAAGACACGCUGCCCUUUAACAUGGUGGCCCACCCACCUCUGCUGAUGGCUCAUGGGACAGGCGAGAACAGGCUUCUGAGAGAGGAGCUAUCUGAGCGGUAACCCACCAUCUGAGCUGUCAUCCUGCAUCACAAAGACCUUUUUUCUGCCAAAUACACACACAUGCACACACACAGACACACACACAUCUUUCCUCACUACAAUUCUAGGAUGACCGGCGCUCACUGUUCAGUUGCUGGAGAUAUCUGUUACUGUGAGCUACUUCUUCUGAGUAAUUUAUGUUCCUAUAAACUUUAAUAAAGAAAUGAGUCUUAGUAAAGUCAUGGCAUGGAUAGUACAUGGCUGUGCAAGUCUGACAGAGUGGUUAAGAACCCCCUAGAAGUCACAUAAUAAACUACAUAAUAAUGUAGACAUUUUAAUGUUCGGAUCCAAAAAUCUGCGGUGAAGCUGUGUAACACCAGAGAAAGUGAAGAUAGAGGCGGAUGUUAAAGUUGUGGAAUGUAGUUGGGUCAGAUGAGUAGCCAUGUCUGUUCACUUAGUCACUGACUGACAACCACUCAGCUGCCUUUCAUUAAACCUGUGGCUUGAACAUGCUGGCUGGCUCGCUACCUGCUUAACUGGCAGUCUCAUACCUGGUGUAUUAAUCAUUAACUCCCUAAGGGGCCCUAGAGGACGAGACUGUUGUAGUGUGGGUUAAAAACAAGCUAUUUGGGGUAAUAUUGUUGCUGCUGUUAUGUUGAAAUGAAAAAGAAUGGUUCUGCACUUAAAUAUCUGCAACAAAUGUUGUAAAUGCUAUCAGAACCUAAAAUAAAACUUAUGAGUCACUUGGCACUGUCAGGAAUACUUGGCACUGUCAGGAAUACUAUCUGAGCAGACCUGCAAUCCGAUGGUGAUCUGGACCACUGUGCUCCACAUUUAGUCUGGAGAGGUGAAACAAGGAAGAAGAUAUGGGCAGAGUUAAUGUUAUGAGAGAUGAAAAUGAUAAUUAAAACAAUGAUUUGUUUCCUUAAACAUAACUAACAUAACUUGUCCACAAACUAAGACACAAUGCAGAAAGUGUCAUUUAUCACACUUUGUUAUGCCCCUGCUGAAAUCAAGGUUGACUGGAUGUGUUUGUACAUUCACAUAUAGUCAUUUAGCAGACGCUCUUAUCCAGAGCGACAUACAGUAAGUACAGGGGCAUUCCCCCCGAGCCAAGU